AUGGCCGAACCACACGUCGUCGAGUCCGACUACGACUCCUCCGACGAGACAAUCACUAUCACCCUCACCCACCGCAACACGCCGCACACCUUCAAAUUCCCUUCCGAUGGCACAAUCACUCACCUCUCCGAAGACGUCGAAGACGCCCUCUCCAUCCCGCCCUCGAACCAGAAAUUCAUCGUCCCGAAGCUCGGCCUCUUGAAGCCACCCUUCAAGGACCCGGACAUGUCCCUCACCACGUUGCAGGACAAGAAAAUCAUGCUCAUGGGCGUCGAGGCGAAGGAAGUCGCCUCGCUGCAAGCCGCGUCCGAGUUCGCCGCGAAACGCAACGCCGCGCGCAGCGCCGCGCGGCGGCAGAACCGGCCCUCCCGACGCCGCGACCAGGGCCGCGCGCAGGCCGACAGCACAUACACGUUUCUCUCGGUGCGGCCGCUCGCGGGGCUGCCGCACCCGGAGCGGUCCCUCGCCCUCCUUGAGAAGCUCAAGGAGGACCCGGGCAUCCGCGCGUCGAUGCGCAAGCACAAGUUCAGCGUCGGCCUGCUGACGGAGAUGGAGCCCCUGUCCAACACGCAGUCCAGCCACGAGGGCACGACGAGGCUGCUCGGACUGAACCGCAACGGCGGCGAGGUCAUUGAGCUGAGGCUGAGGACGGACGCGCACGACGGGUACAGGGACUACAAGACCAUCCGCAAGACAUUGUGCCACGAGCUGGCGCACAACGUCCAUGGCCCCCACGACAGGAACUUUUGGGACCUCUGCCACCAGAUCGAGCGCGAGGUCGACGCCGCGGACUGGAAGCACGGCGGGCACACCGUGGGGCAGCAGUCGUCGUACUACGCGCCUGGGGCCGACGAAGAGGACGAGUUCGAGGACCACGGCGGCUGGGAAGGGGGCGACUUUGUUGUUGGCGGCAACGCUGCUGACACCAAGGGCCUCAGCCGACGGGAGAUCCUGGCCAAGGCUGCGGAGGAGAGGGUCAAGAGGAUGAACAUGGAGAGGCGGGAUGGCGGGAAGCCCGACUCUGGCCCACCGUCGUGA